AUGGAGAUUCAAGACUGUAAAAAAAAGAGACCAAUGGAGGACGACUACUCAGCACCACAUCUUCCUAUGGACAUCAUGUACAAGAUCCCGGCACACAUCUCUGAUCCAGCCUCCCUUGCCCGCCUGGCAUCGUCCUGCAAGUUCUGGCGCAAUCUCAUCAAGGACCCGACUUUCCUUGAUCGCCUAAGGAGGCGGCAUGGCGACCACGGCUUCACCCCAUCCCUCCUUCUUGGCUUCUUCUACCAGGACAAGAAAAAGUCUUCCCCGGAGCUCUGGAAGCAUCACAUUGACAAAACCCGCUGUUUGGCUCCAAGCUUUGUGCGGAAGUCAGAAUUAUCACGAUUUGUUGGCAGCAAAUCCGCUCGCAGUGUUAUCAAGCCAUUAUCCCUUGGGACCUUCAUUCCAGGUCUUGGUGCAAGCCUCAACUUCUAUAAACCCAUUGCAUCCCAAGACAGCUUCCUGGUCCUCCGCCGCCAAUCGAAAGAUGCCAAUGGUCAGGCCACGAGGGAUGUGAUAUGUGUUUGCAAUCCUCUCACUGGUGAAACCUUUAAGAUUCCUACCCUCGAAUAUAUGCCUCCUCACCAUUAUGCCUUGUUAGUCACCAAUGAUGUCGACAUUUAUGGACAUGUGUCCCAGUCCUUCCAGCUGACUGCCAUUUGGAUAAGAAGAUUAAAGCAUUUCAUCUCUGUGUGCUACAGCUCUAAGACUGGAACAUGGAUGGAAUCUCCAGUAGUUCCUGAGCUAAGGCGUAGCCUUUGUUUGGUGCCAUCCUCGGCAGCUGCUUAUGAUGGUUCCAUCAGCUGGCUCUGUGAUAGCUGGAAACAAUUGUCGCUCACUCAUGUUGCCACACUACACACUGGCAAUAUGGAGCUUUCAUACCUGGAGCUCCCACCGGAAGUAAAGCGCAACAAGGAUCCAGUGCUGGGGAGUUCAGCGGACGGGGGGCUUCUGUUACUCUUCAUGCAAGGCCUUCGGGUGUCACUCUGGAAACACAACGGUGAGCUUGGCAGUGACACCAGCAGCUGGGUGCUAUCUGAAAGGAUUGACAUGAGAAGUUCCUUGCCGCAGCGGGUGGUCACGUUAGGGAUCAGGGGGAAGGUCAGCUUGGAGAUGUUCCGGGGCAAGAGCGGUGCGGUGGUGCUCUGGGUUGAUGGAGAUGGCUUCUUUCUAUUCAGCCUCAGUGAUAGGUCGAUGAGGAAGAUUGACUGUGCGAGUGUGACCAAGAAGUACUUCCUCUGCCCAUAUGAGAUUGAUUGGCUGACCUGCCUUGCAAUCACAAACCUCGUCGUUGAUGGCUCGUUGUCGCUGGACGUACAAAGGAAAAAGGCUCAAGACAGGUGGAGGACAUUAAUGGGAAUGAAUUUGGCGACGAAUAGAGCAUCUUAA